AUGGUCGUUGUGGACUGCUUAUCAAAAUAUGCCCAUUUUGAUCCAUUACCGCAGCGCUUCGUUGCCUUGAGAGUGGCACGCCUAUUCAUUGACACGGUGGUGAAACAUCAUGGUUUUCCCAAGCUUUUAGUGUCGGAUCGAGAUCCGAUAUUUCUGAGCGAUGUGUGGAAGGAAAUGCUUCGUCUGAGUGGGGUUUCAUCUGCAGCUGCGGUUGAAUUGCCGGAGGAGUAUGUCGACACUCGUUCUCUGGUCCGUCCUGCUGGUAUUCUGGAGAGGCACGUUGCGCUGAAAGGAGGGCUACCGGUGGAGCAAGCUUUGGUGCAGUGGACUGGGGAGGACGACUCCCUCGCUUCUUGGGAGCCGUUGGACGUGGUUGCGACCCAUUUUCCGUCGCUCCUUGGGGACAAGGAGCCUCUUAACGGGGAGGGGGUUGAUACGGAUACGUUUGUAGACUCAUCUCAGCCUAGUUGGGGUGAUGUGGCAGAGCCGCAUGAAGCAGAAGAGCUGCUGGAAAGCAGCAAGGAGGAGUGUAAUGAGCCGAAACGUACUCUGCGGCUAAGGAAGAAGCCAGCAUGGUUCAGAGACUAUGUUUCUAUUUAG